GAACGGCGGAGGGAGGGCAAGGGAAAAGCUCCGUGCAAACCGGGGCCCCCCGCGGGCCCGGCGGCGGCCCCUCCUCCCGCCGCUGCGCGCGUCCCUCCCCGCGGGUUUGUGGCGCUGUGCCGGGGGAGGAUGAACGGAGGAUAAAUGGUGCCCAAGGCGGACAGCGGCACCUUCCUCCUCCUCUUCCUCCUGGUGCUGAGCAUCACCGAGCCGCUGCGGCCAGAGCUGCGCUGCACCCCGGGGCAGUUUGCGUGUCGGAGUGGGACCAUUCAGUGCAUCCCCUCAGACUGGAAGUGUGAUGGGCGCCCCACCUGCGAGGAUGAGAGUGAUGAAGUGGACUGUACAGGCUUGACAGGGGACCAGAGAACUUACCAUGGGAAGGAGAACAUGGACUCGAGGCACAGCUGGGGGAGAGGAGCAGACACCACCCGCUUCCACACCGUCAACGUGGCUCAGCCCGUCCGCUUCAGCAGAAAGUGCCCAACAGGAUGGCAGCACUAUGAGGGCACAGCCAGCUGUUACCGGUUGUAUUUAAAUGGGGAGAACUACUGGGACGCUGUGCAGACAUGUCAGCAGGUGAACGGGUCCCUGGCCACCUUCACUGCAGACCAAGAGCUCAGCUUCAUCCUGGCACAGGAGUGGAGCUUGGAAGAAAAAGCACUGGGAGAGGAAAACAACUGGGAGAGGUUCUGGGUGGGAUAUCAGUAUGUGAUCACCUACAGAAAUCACUCUGUGAUGGAAGGUCACUGGGAAGUUGCUUAUAAAGGCUCUCCAGAAGUGUUUUUACCCCCUGUCCCUAAAUUUGAUAACCGUGUGCCUGAAAAGGAAAACGUUUUCUGUGCCCAGUUCCAGUAUUACUCUUCCCACAUUCUCCGGCGCGACGGUUACCACGGCUGGUAUGUUGAAAGCUGCUAUAAGAAAGCUUCAUUCCUCUGCAAAAGGAGCCAGACCUGUGUUGAUAUCAAAGACAACAUUGUGGAUGAAGGCUACUACUUCACUCCCAAGGGGAACGAUCCCUGUUUGAGCUGCACGUGUCACAACGGGGAGCCCGAGAUGUGCGUGGCCGCGCUGUGUGAGCGGCCCCAGGGCUGCCAGCAGUACCGCAAGGACCCCAAGGAGUGCUGCAAAUUCACCUGCUUGGACCCAGAUGGCAACAGCCUGUUUGACUCCAUGGCCGGUGGAAUGCGCCUGAUCGUGAGCUGCAUCUCCUCCUUCCUCAUCCUCUCCCUGCUGCUCUUCAUGGUGCACCGGCUGCGCCAGAGGCGGAGAGAGCGCAUUGAGUCUCUGAUUGGAGCUAACUUGCACCAUUUCAACUUGGGCCGCAGGAUGCCUGGCUUUGAUUACGGCCCCGAUGGUUUUGGAACUGGCCUUACUCCACUGCAUCUUUCAGACGAUGGGGAAGGUGGAGCAUUUCAUUUUCACGAUCCCCCUCCACCCUAUACUGCUUACAAGUACCCAGAUAUCCAACAUCCUGAUGACCCACCUCCUCCUUAUGAGGCUUCUGUCAAUCCAGACAGCAUCCUUUGUUCCACUCCAGAUGGAGUUCUUUCUCAGGCUGUGCAAAGCAGUCCUCCAUCACUAGGAAACUGUGAUGUAUCCCCACAGCUGACAGAGGGGUCGCUUCCUCCCUCAGUUGGUCCUUCUCCAGUGGAGCUGGAAGACUCUGCUGACAGCAGCACCUUUCUUGUCCCUCCUGACACACCCACGAAUGAAAACACCCCAGCAGAAACUGUGACAGGCAGCCGCCACAGCCACUGUUCCCUCAACACCAUUGUAUAAAGGAGUGAGGCCCCAGCACCGCUCAGAGUUUAGCAACUGUUUGCACAGACAAACACUAAUCCGUGGCUUGAACUUCAGAAGGAAUCUCCACUUUGUUUUUCAAACACUGCUUUUAUGUUCUAGAUUAGGAUCGUGCCUCUCGUUUUUUGGCUGUCGUUAUUCAUUCACUAAUCAAUUUGUCCUGUAAAUAUGGAUUGUACAACUGCUCUUGUUUUCCAUUGGCUUUGGAAAAGAGAGCAGAGAAUUCCUUUGACUUCUGAGGAGGUGAGAAGUAUGGGUAGUUUGGGUUGUUGGGUUUUUUUUCUUAACCUGAGAGGAAUCAAAAUCUACAUCAGAAAAAAGCUGCUUGGAUUUGGCUGGAUACCACUGGACCCAGGAAACAGACAGUGGAAAAGAAGGGUGGGGACAAUCACUGUUCAAGCAGAGAAGAUGGAGCUGCAGAGGAGGGGCUGGAGGCCUGUUCUAUGGAGUGGGACACAUGCCAUCAGGAGUUACACUGUGUAAAACACAGUGCCUUGAUCAGAACACCAGAGGAGCUGGAGCAGGAAUGGUCUACGCAAUAUGUGACAAAUGGGUGCUGAGAAAAACGGGAUUUGCAAUGACAGUUACUUGUUGUAUUCUUGGAUAAACUUCUGGCCCACCGAGA